AUGUCUGCUCCCCAGGAAAUCGGCCAGCAGAAGACCGUCGCUGAGCUCGCUGCUCUUGACCAGGAGGACGAGUCGCUCCAGCGCUGGAAGGCGUCGCUCGGUCUCAACACUGCCGGCGGCAACGGUCUCCCCAAGAAGGUCGUGCCCAAGACUCUCUUCCUCACCUCGCCUACUCGCCAGGGCGACGUCAUUAUUGACCUCACCAACGCUGCUGCCGAGAGCGCACGACUCAAGAAGGACCCUGUGCUCAUCAAGGAGGGCGUCGACUACUCGGUCGGCAUCUCCUUUGUCGUCGAGAACGAGAUUGUCUCGGGCCUGCGUUUCCUCCAGGUCGUGAAGCGUGCCGGUGUCACUGUUGACAAGACCGAGGCCAUGCUUGGCUCGUACGGCCCCCAGCCCGAGCCCUACACCAAGGUGUUUGCAUCGGAGGAGUCGCCUUCGGGCAUGCUCGCCCGCUCGGGCUCGUACACUGUCAAGACGCGCAUCGUCGACGACGACAACAACAAGUGGCUCAACGACUUUGAGUGGACCUUCAAGAUCAGCAAGGAGUGGUAG